GCUUUGUUUGCGGGCAUACAAACAUACGAUGGAACGAAAUAGUUAUACAACACAGUAGUUUCACAAGGAAUAGUAUGUGGCUUGAGGAAAGAACUAGAUAAGUACUACCAGCUAGACAAGGAUUUCUGGCUGAUGAAAGAAAAAGUCAAGUACUUAGAGGAGAGAUGGGGCGAAGUUUUAAUUGAGUCUUCCCGGGGGUCGUCUCACAAUAAAGUGCGACUGAAACGGUCAAAACAUCUUGAAACGGAGAUUUCAAAGAGGGGUUACGACUCACAACACCCAUUUCACAGGGCUGGUACCCCACCCUAUUUUCCAUCAUAGACGGUCGCUAAAGAAUCCCUCGCCCAACUCACUCACAGUGCUGGACUAAUGAACGCUCCUAAAAUCGAGGAGCCCACUUCAUUUGUGCUUUCUGAAAUAGCUUUACUUUGACAGAAGACCGCUAAUUUGAAAAGAAAAAUAGACUCCUGGGCGAAACUGAAGGUUUGAAUCUGACCACCUCCCAAUUCUUUUAGUAGACGACAUUCCCCUGACUUUAGGGGCUUUUUGCAAGUGUUUUUUCAGUCAUGGAUGCGAAUCCGGCGGCGCUGAUCGUGGGUGUUUCUUUCUGUUUUUUCCGAUUGGUUAAUAGAGGAUUGGCGGGGUUGCCCGUACCAGAAUCCGCCUUUCGAAACCCCUGGAAGUGGAGAAACAUCUGCACGUCACUGGUGCACAGCCUUCUAUCUGGUGGCUGGGCACUUCUCUGCUUUUAUCUGCAUCCUCUGAUGGCUUCUGAUAUGAUCUCUACUUACUCGACCUUCUCCCACUGCCUGGUUUCUUUUUCUAUUGGUUAUUUUGUUCAUGACUUUGUAGACAUGCUGUGCAAUCAAAAACUAAGCCGUUCAUGGGAGCUUCUGUUUCAUCAUGCUGUGGUGAUUAUCUGUUUCGGCAUUUCUGUGAUUGUGUACAGCUACAUCGGCUUUUCUAUAGUGGCACUGCUUGUUGAGAUAAACUCCAUAUUCCUUCACUUACGUCAAAUACUUUUGAUGGCAAAUCUAGUAAAAACAACUAUCUUUCGAAUUAACAGCAUCAUAAACCUUGGUACCUAUGUCAUCUUCCGGAUCAAUACAUUGGCAUGGAUGACUCGCUGGCUUGUCCUUAACCGUGACAAUGUUCCACUAAUUACUUACACCAUUGGCAGUGUGGGUAUGGCUAUCAUGACUGUUAUGAACAUCAUUCUUUUCUUACGGCUACUCCGGAGUGACUUCCUGAAAUCUACUCGAGAAACUAAAAAAGAAAAAGAAAAAUAACGCCUGUAUUUGAGCAGUAUGGGCUUAUCUACCUAGUUACAUUUAAUAACACUGAUUGAAGGCGAACCAGUGUAUCGUAACAAAUUGGUGAUGACCAGAUUAUUCCCUCCUCAUAAUGAUUACUGUUCAGAUCUUGACAAGUGGUUGUUCUGUGGUAUAACGUAGGGGGCACCUGUAACUUCACUUUUUCAGGUGUGGUGCUAAUAAUAUUGUUGAACUGCCAUAUGAGUCUGAUGUGUAAGACUGUCUUGUGGGAGGGGUUAUUCCUGCGCCAUUUAGCUAGUAUAACUCAUGCUUCCAUUAACAACAUUUGCUUUCAUUUUCAAGAUACCUUGAGAGGCACACUGGAUUAGAAUGGAGGGCUCAUCGGCAUCCAUGUAAUUACAGAGCUCUUUGUUUUGAUCUAAGGUGCUUUGAAGUAAUGUUUAUUGAGCAACAGAUUAAUGCAAGUGUCAUUUUCAUAGCUUGAAAUAAAUAUUGGGGAAUAUG